AUGUUAGCAAACAGGCUGAGCACGGCCAGCCACCCGCAGCCCGAGCCCGGCGCUCGGAGCGGGCGGUGAGCGGAGACCGGACACACCGGGAACAGAGGAGAAGCAGGGAUGGGGGCGAGGUGAUGCCAAAGCCGCGGAGGAGACCAUGGCCAGGCGCCGUGCUGGGACACCCCCCCUGCUCCAGCUCUCCCUGCUCCUGCUCCUCUGCCCGGGCGGGACUCUGGGCUGCGCCUUGGUGGCCCUGGGCUCACCCGUUGUGACCCUGGGCUCGGCCGUCACAGCAACCUGCACCAUCCAGAGGGAACUCUGCCAGGGCUUGGAGCAGGGGAAGGUCCGGAUCAGCUGGAUGCUGGACAACAAGCCCGUGGCUGGGAGCCAGCGCCAGGGCCCGGGGGGCACGGAGGUGUCCGAGCUCACCCUGCCCCGGUUCAACCGCACGCAGGCCAGGCUGUGGUGCUGCGUGGAGUGGAACGGGACCAAGCAGCGCGUGGGCAUGGCCGAGAUCAGGGCGGGCUACCCUCCUGCAAAGCCCCUCAACCUCAGCUGCGUCCUGAACCUCGGCGACUACGGGCUGACGUGCCAGUGGGAGCAGGGAGCCGACAGCCACCUCCCCACCAGCGUGGCACUGAAGUGUGCCGGGAGCAGAGCCCAGGCGGUGACGGGCUGCACCCCACGAGGCGGGCACAGCCACUGCACGGUGCCACGCCCGCUGCUCCAGCUGUACCGGGAGAUGGAGAUCUGGGUGUCUGCCACCAACGCCCUGGGCACGGCCGAGUCGGAGCAUCUCUGCAUCGACCCCAUGGACGUCGCCAAGCUGGACCCCCCAACCCUGAGGAACAUCCAGUCCAUCCCCUUCCAGACCGACUGCGUUGCCCUGGCCUGGGAGGUGGCGCGGGGCACGGAGCACAUGGAGCUGCAGUGUGAGCUGCGCUACCGGGCACCCGAGGACCCUGCCUGGAGCCUGGUCACUGGCAUCGUGGGCCGGGCCGGCACCACGCAGCGCUGCGGGUUCCUCUUCGGCACACGGUACCACUUCCAGCUGCGCUGCCGGCGCAGCUCAGCACUGGCCUUCUGGAGUGAGUGGAGCCCGGGCAGGAACUACACCACCCACGAGAAAGCCCCCUCAGGGAAGCUGGACGCGUGGUGGGGCGCUCGGCCGGCCGGGGCAGGGGGGCGGCUGGAGGUGCAGCUGCGCUGGAAGGCCCCACGGCGGCACGAGGCCAACGGGCAAGUGCUGGGCUACCGUGUCACCCUGAGCCCCAGGAGGAGGGGCAGGGACCCCCCCACUGUCUGCAACACCACCCACACUGAGUGCAACUUCUCGGCGCCCGCGGGGACCAGGAGGGUUUAUCUCUCAGCCUACAACGCCGCCGGAGAGUCGGCAGCAACCGAGGUUGUCCUCCUGGAGAGGAAAGGUGAGCCCCUGGCCGGGCUCUGGGCCGGGCCCCGGGACAUCAGCAGCCUCAGGGUGCACUGGGAGGCACCGCCGGCCCCGGUGGCCGCCUAUGUCCUGGAGUGGCAGCGGGUGACAUCCGAGCCCGGACACUGCAGCGCCUGCUGGCAGAUGGAGCGUGACGGGGCGGCCACCACAGCCCUCAUCCAGUAUGGCAUCGAGCCUUUCCAGCAGUACAACAUCUCCCUGUACCCCCUCUACAAGGACGCCGUUGGGAUGCCCAUCCACACCACAGCCUACUCCCAGCAGAGGGCACCGUCCUACGCCCCGAAGCUCCACCUGAGGAGCAUCAGCAAGUCAGAGGCCGAGCUGUGCUGGGAGCCGCUGCCAGUGGAGGUGCAGAACGGCUUCAUCACCAACUACACCAUCUUCUGGGCCAACAGCAUGGCCGACGUGGCCAGUGCCACCGUGAAUCCCUCUCUCAGCUCCUUUGUCAUCCGGGGGCUGAGGCCCUCGACCCUGUACAAGGUGCACAUCAUGGCAUCCACGGCUGCUGGCGGCACCAACGGCACCAGCCUGACCCUGGUGACCACAGUGCUUGAUGACACCGAGAUCCAGUUCCUGUUCCUGACCCUGGGGCUGGCCUUUCUCCUGCUCAUACUGUUGCUCAUCUGCUUCCAGAAGAACGAGAGAGUGAAGGAGCAGCUCUGGCCCAGCGUCCCUGACCCUGCCAACAGCAGCCUGGGCAAGUGGGUGCCGGCAGUGCUGCCACAGGAGCCGCUCCUGGUCCCUGCCGCCAGGGAGCCCGGCCCGGCCGCCAUCUCCACUGUCACCGUGCUGGAAGGGGCCCCGGGGAAGCCGCCGGGGAAGGAGCCGCCCGGGCCGCCCGCCGCCCCCUCGGCGCUGCCCCGGCCCUACGUGCGGCAGGACGGCCCCGGCGAGCCCGUGCAGUACGCGCGGGUGGGAGGUGCGGGGUACCGGGGGCAGCGGCUGCUCCCCGAGCCCGGACCCCGCUUCUACGAGAACCUGCGGGGCCGCGGGGACGGCGCCGGGGACUGGUGGGUCCCCGAGGAGACCCCCGCCAGCUUCCCGCUGCUGCAGGGGCUCCGCAUCGGCGGGGCCGAGGAGCUGCACGAGUGCCGGGCGGACUAGCGCGGGAUGGAGCCGGGCAGCGGCACCGGGAAUGCCACCAGGGACCGGGAUGCAGGAUCCACCGCCACCGGGGACCGGGAUGCGGGAUCCGCCGCUGCCCGGCUCCAUCCCGCGCUGCGUGUCCCCUCCUGUCACCCCUCCGCAAUAAACAGGAACGUGCUGAGAACAA